GCGGAACUGCGAAACAAUCUGUGGGCUGAUCCCCGGGAGAAGCUUCGGUCGGAUAUGUAAAAUCUUUUGUCUGUCUUUAAAUCUGAUUCCUGCUUUGAGUCAGUAGCAAGUAUCGCUUUAUAAUUAACAUUACAGAUCCUAGUGCAUGUAGCCCAUGGGUGCUCAUGUGUAGCCUCACUGUGUCCACACUCCAGAUGCAGAUACAGUGCUGACCAGGACAGUUUAUACUAAGGAUUUUCUUAAUGGUGCAACAGCGGAGGGAGCCUCUCUAAAGCCCUGUAUUUUGGUGCCAGAGGUGUAUUAAAACAUCUGGAGAGCAUCUGGAGCACCGCGCCCUGCUGUUUUCUGCAGAGAAAGUGGUCCGAAGUGGACGCGCUGACCCUCGAUGGACCCGCUGGAUUUCCUGGAGUCCGACGAGCUCCUGACCUUCUUCCACUGCCAUAAAACUGAAAUGUCCUGCAUGGAGAAACCGCACACCUUCCUCAACCAGCUCAGGGACCACAACCUGAUCCCUGAGGACAGAUACAAGAAGAUGUAUCGCAUGAAGAGUAAAGACAACCUGAAGAUUGCUACUUAUGAAGUUCUGGACUGGUUGGAGAGAGAGCGAUCAGACUACAUCAAAGAUUUCUGGAGGUGUGUCUUCAAGGAGACCAUCAUGAACCUUUACCCCACCCUGCGACUGCUGCGCAACAGCCUCAUGGACGGGUCUUUCCAUUUUGACACAAAACUUCCAGAGAAGGUGGAGAAAGAAGGGAAAGGGAAGGAGCUUUCAGAGGAUGAGGAGGGAGAGGAGAAGAGAGUGAACUCAGUGAAAAAGAAGAGGAAGCUGAGAAGUACGUGCGAUGAUGAGGAGGAGCAAGCUGGUCCAUCAUCUCAGUCAACUCCAAGUCAGAAGAAAAAGUCCAAGAAAAUAUCCUUCUCUUCUCCCCUGAAGAAGGGAGAGAAGAACGACAUUUGGACCUGGGAAAUCUAUAAGUCCCAGCUGCCUGUGACCUGUGGAGACCAGCAAGGGACACUGGUCAGAGGCAGAUUGGCUAAAGGGGAGAAGUGCAUUUUAGUCAACAAACAGUGGCUUACUCCCAGUGAAUUUGAGAGAUUUGCAGGGAAGGGGAGCUUCAAGAAUUGGAAACUGAGCAUUCGCUGUAUGGACACCCCCUUGGCAAAACUUAUACAGGAUGGUCACCUCAAAUCAGUGAAGUACAAAGGAGGGUGUAAAAAGGCCAAGAAAUCACUGUUCCCAUCUUCAAUCACAGUGUCUGAGGGAGAAGAAGAUGAAAAUGAGUGUGCCUCAGACAGUGAAGACCAGGUUUCAUCAAACAGCAAAGACGGUUCCACAGAUGUCACAGAUGAAGAAGGAGAGAUGGAGGAAGAGACGGAGCAGCAGCCAGAGGCCAACUCUGACAGUAGAAAGAAGGUGUUCAAAGUUACAUGUAGAGCUUUAAGCGGGACCCUUCACAAAAGACGAUUUGCAUCAGGGACUUGUGGGAAGAGUAUUCGUACUGAGACCAGCUGGUUGACCCCAGUGGAGUUCAUGAAUGAGGCGUCCUGUCAAACAGAUGCCUCCUGGAGGAAAGACAUCACGUGGGAAGGGAAACCACUUAGUGUCCUCACAGAGGCCAAAAUCUUAAAGAUCCACUCACUGCUGUGUUCCUGUAGACUGUGCAAACCAGACAGUACAGAGCAGGACAAUCAGAAAAACGACGAUGAGUGUUGCAUCUGUAAAAGGGAAGAAGACGAAGAAGAAGAAGAAGGAGAGUUGGUGGUGUGUGAUCAUUGCCCUCGCUCCUUCCACCAGAAAUGUCACCUUCCUCAUGUAGAAGACGCCAUUUUAGGGGACGAUAGUAUAUGGAUGUGUACGUUCUGCGUAUUCAAAAGCAAUCAAGGGUGCUAUUACUUCAACGAGCUGACAAUGGAAGCAGCCACGUCCCUCCAAAUAUCACAACGCAUGCUGCAAUGUCAGUAUCUCCUCCUGCAUUUGUGCAACGUUGAUGAGGAACAAACAUUCACUACAAACCCAACCCUCUAUUUAGCAGACUACUCCAAGGUGAUCAAGACUCCGAUGUGGCUGGGCAAAGUAGCAGACAAACUCCAGAAGAAGCUCUACCAGACAGUCGGACAGUUUGUGUCCGACAUCCAGCUCAUUUUCACCAACUGUGCUUCUUACAACCGAGACAAUGCUGAGUUCUUUGCGAUGGGCAACAGAUUGAAGGAGUUAUUUGAUGAAGAAUUUAAAAAAGUAUUCAACGUCCGCGAGUAGACUGCUCACUGACACAAACUGUUUCAUUUUCAAACUCAGUGGCCACUGGGAAAAGGUUAAACAUUGGGAAUUACAGCUUUGUGGUAAAUCUUUUUUUUUUUGUAUCUGGUUCAAAUAUCCCAAAAGACAUAAUUGGUCAUGAAGAGAGUGCACUUGAAGUAAGUGAAACAAAUAUCCAGUUCCUGUAAAUCACAUGUGAAGGUUUUAGGGUCUUCAACACAAAUGGUCCUUUGAUCUGACCCUGUGACUGUGACCAGAUUCUUACCAGACAUCCUCCAUCCACCAUAUCACCAUAAAAUCACAAACCCCCAUAAACAAACUAUACAUUGACUACCCCAUCUAAAACAUUCAUCUACCACAGAUGCACUCAAUAAAAUGGGAAAUUAAUUAUUAAAUUUUUUUUAUAACUUAAAGGGUAAUUUAUACUAUUGUAUAAAGUUAUGUCUGUUAAACACUGUAGGUCAUGGGGCAUAUGUUCCUAUUAUAUAUGUGUCUGUUGGGGUUGAAGACUACAAGUUUGGAACUUUAAAAGAUCUGGGAGUGUUGGACUUGUUUUUUAACAGCUACUCUAAAUAAAAGUAAAUAGCCAUUGAGAUAUUGAAGGCUUUUUAAAUCGCUACCCUUGAGUGCCUCAGAUUCCCUCAACAGUUCUGAACUAGUAGGACCCCCUAACUCAAGAGCACCAGAGGAACACCGUAUUAUUUUUUUUUUACACCCAAGCAGCACUCCAUGCAGGUUAAUUUCCUAUGUCUCUCCCAACAUUACUUUCAUUGCCAUAUGUGUUGACGUUUCUGAUGCUUCAGAAUGUCUGUAUUACGAAUGUACCGUAUGUAUUGUAACAUAAUGUAUUUGUCGAAAGUGUUUGAACGAUUUACAGCAUUUCCACAACACUACACAGUUUUUUAAAAAAGCAAUUUCCCUGUGCUCUCUCUUUCUGUCUGAUCUCUUGUUUGUGGAUGUCUUUAUUAAAAUAAAAUAUGUGUCUGUGCACAUGUUAAUGACAUAA